UUUACUCACUAGUAUGUGUAAGACAUCAUUAUUUUAUCUUUUAUAUCUAUCUACAACAGUGACAGUUUUGCAGGGAACAUCUAUUUAUUCUAGCUAUAUGUACAGAAACCGACACACCGGGAACUGCAGGGAGGAAAAUUGUGAUUUAGCUCACUUCAGUUAUAACAGGGAUAGCUGCCAAGGUCCAAAUUUUUGGGACCGGGUCACACCAUGCUGGGGAAAUUGUUCUUCUCUUUCCCAGUCGCCAAUAAAUAUCAACACAGAGGAGACAACUUAUAGUCCUUUCAGGGGACUUAAAUUCUUAGAUCUUUGUGAGCGCAUCAGCGCUAAAAUUAGGAAUAAUGGACACUCGCCACACUUUAUGGCUGAUAAUCCCACUCAGGUCAAACUCGGGAACGUCCCGUACAGCGGAAAUAAAGGCUAUGUCUUCCAGGAAGUCCAUAUUCAUCUGGGGCAGAGGGAGAUUCGAGGAUCAGAACAUUCACUAAAUAAUAAGUUUUAUGCAAUGGAGGCCCACAUGGUGUUUUACGAUGACCUCUAUGAGAGUAUAGAGGAAGCCCAGACACAGCCCGGGGGACUGGCAGUCAUUGCAAUAAUGGUGGAGAUUGAAGAGAAAUCGAAGUUUACAAGUCAGAACCUGAAUUUCUAUAGAAAUUCCUACUUUUCCUUUGGACCUCGAUUUCACAGAUAUAAAAGACGAGUUCCAUGGCGAGCGGCUUCCUGUUCCGAUACAAGCGUCUGUAGGACAAAGAGUGCCAAGCGUUUGAGCUACUUAAUGGAGAAAUAUUACACUAUUAUAAGAAAUCACAAACCAGAGAGAAACGCAGAAAGAAUAGAAAAUUCCUAUGUAGAGGUUCGAGAACAAAUAUCCUUAAGUGAUGUCCUGCCGUAUGACUGGAGUUUCUAUACGUAUCACGGUUCACUGACUACACCACCUUGUUAUGAAACGGUUCAGUGGAUCGUAAUGAGAUGUCCCAUUAAAGUGACCAGAAAAGCAUUUGAAGCACUUGGUAAUGUCUCAGAUAUCCAUGGCAACAGACUUAAAACCAUGGGAAUUCGUAGGCCCAUACAGAGAGGAAUCAUAGACCAUCCAAGUGUAGAAGUAGAACGUAACUUCCGGUGUGGAUCUCUGGGUAACAGACAAGAUCUCUGUCCAAUCAAUUACGAUGCCUAUUAGAGACAUUUUCUCGCAAUUAUUUUGUGUGUGAAAUACAGAAUCAAAUCAUUGACCCUUAUCUUCAGUGCGAGCUUGUGAGAAGCGUAAAACCAUUUGAAUUUGGGGCUAAAAAUCUAAAGUAUUGUUUUGUGUACAUUAUUGACAUGUUAAGCUAUUCAGCGCUGGCUCUGCUACGUUAUAUUGUAAAGUAAAUAAU